UAUAGGCGCGACUGUCUCUCCAUCUCUCGUGUGCUCUUUUCAUUUUGUAUAACUCUCCAACAAACAUUGGCAACUUUUCUAAAACUAUUGUACACUGUAUUAUUUUUUAUUUUUUUAAACAAAUGGAAAUAAUUUUCCAUUGUUAAACUUGAUCUACAUUGUAGGGCCUCUCAUUCCACUAUUAAACCCCCAAGCAAACGAGCUCCAAUGCCGAAUCUCGCCCGGAUUCUGUGGUGGCGCCGCGGCGGAGACUAGCCGAACGCAUACUGGUCUCCGUACACAUUUAUAUACACGUAUUAUAUGCGCGCAUAUAUCCUUCACGUACCGUAGUAAUUGCUGACAAAUGAAUGAACACGUAAUCUUGGCCACUUGUCUGCGAUUUUGAACCGUGAUGCUCAGUCUUCUCUAUUUUAUUGCAUUUGUACCAUCGCUCUACAUGUUCCCCAAGAUCGAUUGAAUUAAACUUCAAAGAUAAAUUCGAUUAAUUAUAUACGGUAUCUGAAUUUCGUCCCAAAACACUGUCUUUUAUAAAUUUAUGUCAUCGUGUUUACCAAUCUGCAAUAACUCUGCGAUGUCUUACGUAGACAGUUCAGAUGAGACGUUCGACUACCUCUUCAAAAUAGUCCUUAUUGGUGACGCAGGAGUCGGAAAAACAUGUGUCGUUCAACGAUUCAAGUCUGGGACAUUUUUAGAGAAGCAGCACAGCACAAUUGGAGUUGAUUUCACGAUGAAAACGCUAAAUAUUGAUGGCAAGAAAGUAAAGCUUCAAGUGUGGGAUACUGCAGGGCAGGAACGGUUCCGUACAAUCACGCAAAGCUACUACCGAAGUGCAAAUGGGGUCAUCAUAGCCUAUGACAUCACAAAGAAGGAAACAUUCUGCAAUGUACCUCGAUGGAUAGAAGAUGUACAGAAAUACGCAGGAGGUAGUGUUAUAUGUAUAUUGUUAGGUAAUAAGAAAGACUUGGAGCAAAUUCGAGAGGUAGACUACGAGGAUGCCCAAGCGUUGUCCAGCCACCAUGCCAUGCUGGAAUGUAUAGAAGUCUCUGCCAAGGAUUCCACCAACAUCGAUGAAACCUUCUGGAAACUAGGCCAGGAACUCAAACGCCGUCAUGGCGGCGAAUCGUCCCUAGCAAAAGGUGAAACCAGCAAGCUUUCUCUCAAUACAAGACGAGUAGAUGGAUGGAACUGCUGUGGAUAGCAUCCUGGCAGCACCACUGUACCUCUUCUCCGAGUCCUCUCCUUUUUUUCAAAUUAGAAAGAACAUACUGUUGCCUACUCCGAGGCACUUUCUUCUUUUCAAAUUUUUUGUACAGUGAUUCUAAAGAAAUAUAUAUAUUUAUGAUUAUUAUAUUGAAUUGCUUUGUAUGUUUCUUUGAUCAAUGUGUGGCUAAUGCUACCCCUAGGCCCCAGCUGAUGAGUGGAGGAUGUAUUAGAAAAGUUGAAGAUUUCUCACCAAUUGAUGCACAGUCGUGAUCGUCAUUUAUAGUUUGGCUCCAACUUGUCCCGUGAAACCUUUGCACUUCUUGACAAGAAGUGUCAUGUUUAGAGUAGGUCUGUAAUAGUGCUUCCAAACCAGACCUAAUUCAAACAGUGAUGUAAUUUCCUGGAGAGUAAAUUUCAAAGAAAUGUGCAUUUUAAGGUUUAAGUUUUUAAUUCUUCCUCUGAAUGGCCAAUAGCAAUAGCUCAACAUCUCUAUAUCAUUUGUGUUAUUUCAUGACACAACUACUUAAAAUGAAGGUUUGUACCAAACUCAAGUUUAGGCCUUCCUUCCAGGAACACAAGGAUAUAUUAUGAAAAAUACCAACUCAUAGCGAUUAUGGAAAAAACAUGAUUUUGGAGGCUAAUCAUUUUGAAUCACAAAUUUUUAAAUUUUGAAUGAAAUAACAAAAAUGUUGUCCUUUUGAAACUCAAGUGGCUUUUUAUAACUGAAAGAUAGUAUAUUUGUGUACUUUUAUAUCAAUGCUAAAUUCAGAUUAAUCAAAACGAGUAACUAACACAAUUGCCACUUUUUAUUUUGCAUUUAUUGCUUUUACUAAUUCUGUGCUUAUAUUUAUUCUCUUUAUUAUUAUUCCUUGAUACAAAAGACUUGUUUUCCAAAUUGUUAUGAUAUUAUUAAAAAUGUUUUAAGAAAAGACUUCUAGAUCAUGAUAUGAAAUGAAUCCUUAGUACAAUGAGCCAUAUACAGUGGAGCUUCAGUGUAAAAAGCUCUGAUAUAACAAGGUAUCUGUUAUAACAAGGUGAUAUUGCUGGUACCAGCUCUUUUUAUUUUUCUGUCUUUUACCUUCAUAUAUCAAGAAUCCUGAGAUCCCAAGGAUCUCGUUAUAACGAGUUUCCACUGUACAUAUAUGCUGAGCCAUCAUGCUUGAAAUGUAAGCUACCGUAUUUUAUUGCUUUUGUGUGCUAAAUUUAUCCAUCAUUUUAUCAUUCCCUCUUGUUAAGAAUUUCUUUAAGUGCAUAACAAUUUUAAUUUAUGAUUAAUUAGGUAGGUUAAAAAUGUUUUUGUGCAGCCACUUUACUGUAUAACAUCUCAGUGAUUAUCAUUCUGAUUUUAUUUCUAUCUCUACAUAUUUCAUAUUGUAAUUUUUCUGUACUCCUCUUGGCAUCUGGCAUCUUGUCGUAUAUUUUGAAAUUGAUUUCUGAAUGAAUGUGUAUAUUGUUCAAUUAGUGCCCUUAGUAUCUGAGAGCUGGUAAAUCAGAGUUGAUAUUCAUACACCAAGUGAUCAGAGUUAGGUUUACUCAUUUCAGUGAGGUUAUUUGUGUAUUGAAUAUUUAACUGGCAUUCACAUUUACUAUCUUCCGUAAUUUAGUGGUGGUUAUUUUACCUGACCGCUAAGAUUGUUAGUAAGGAACCAGAGGACCGACGGCUUUAGGUCCACUCCGAGGGAGUAAAUGAGAGCUGAUAUAUCCAGCAUUCCUGAUGUUACAUUCAAAUUGUAACACACUGUUCAUGGAAACCAAGUUUGUAGUAUGUGCAGUCGCAAAGACCCAUUUUUCAUAAAACUAAAAAAUGACAACAAAGUUAGAUCAUGUCCAUCUAUUUUCCUGAUUUUUUUGAAAAGUUUCACUUAUUUUGUAUAGGUUAAAUGGUGAUUUUACAUUAAGAAAAAAAAUGUACUCAAGAAUUAUUGUUAACUAAAAUGCAAGCAUUUGUUUACUCUGGGUUUGACUUUAUUGCCACAAGCUAUAAUCUCAGAAUUAAUCUUUAGUGAAAUUCUCAUGUACAUGUAGAGAUGUAAUCAUUAGAAAUGUAUGAACCAUUGUUGAGCCGAAUUGGACUUCCCUGAAGCCAAAUAAUUAGAACUGUACUGGUAGAUUCAUAGCAAUAGUUGAGUAGCUACUUUAUUAUACCUUGAUCAAACAUUUAAGCAUGUUGCCUUCUCUCAAAAUUGUGACAUUUUCUUGGUACUUUUCCUUGCUCAGGUAUUAGCAUUGUGAUUGUACAGAUAUUGAAGUGUUCUUCUCGUGAAAUAUAGUUUGUAAGAUCCUUGUCUGCUACAAUUCAAUGUCAAGAAUUUCCAGUGCUAUAUAUUUCUGCAUUAUUGCUUUAAAGUGACACAUGUAUUUAUUAUCCCGAUGGUUUGUGUGGCGUAGACUUGAAUCAUGUAGAUCACUAUUAUGCCAUGAUGUGAUGUCAACUUGUUGUAAAGUUUGUCUAACCAUCCUCAUAUUUGUGAGAGUGUAGUCUGCAUGUACAGUUGCUACAUGUUCCUCAUUACCAAAUUAGGUUUUUCCUGUUUGUUAUGUGUAAUAUCUGAAAUCGUGUCCAAUGACCAUCCUGUAAUUUUGAAAGUAGUCGUUAAAAAUAGUUUCGCGUCUGUGAUUGAUUAGAUUUAUCGAUAAAUAACUUUAACUCAAAUUUUAAUUGCCAAAUAUGCAGGCAUGUUUUCUUUAUAACCUUUAUUUGUGUUCACUUUUGGUGCCAUAUAUGAAUGCCUCAGAAAGUUAUAUUGCAUUUUUUUCAGUUUUAUAUAUUCUUGGAAUCGAUUGUAAUAAAAAUCUUUGUACUAAUUUACCCAGGUCAAAUCAAUCAUUUGAACCUUUAAGAACUAGAAGAGUAGACAUGACUAGAUAAUUUCAAUCUCAUGGUAUGGACAUAUAACUGUGAUUUACAGUAAUUUUCUAUAUAUACAUCUAAUAAUGUCUGAUGAAGAAAAUAUCCAAAAUUUUCUACUGGAAUUGGAAUCUCCUACUUUUAGAGUAAUAACAUCACCAACAAAAAUGUACUUUAAGUGGAGAGGUAAACAUGAAUCAUGUCGGAUAAUACAUCUUCUUCAGAUUGAUAAAAUGAAUGUCAGGCUUUAUAUGAUUUCUGCAAUUUGGUGAAAUUAAAAACUCAAGGCAAAUAAUUGGUUGAUAUUCCUACAUUUCCAUCGGGCAAACUGAAAUAAAAGGAAGGAAUCUUGAAAUUAAAACACAGAAAUAAGAAAAUUUCCCAACUAUUUUUAGAGUGACCUUUUUUAGAAGUAAUUUUUUUUCAAAUGUCUUUUUUUCACAUCUUCAUAAAAGUAAUUUUGGGGAACAUUUUCUCUUAUAGAGUUAUUGCAGAUGUGGUGAUUAAAAUAUUGUGUGACAUCCAAUGUAGAUAACAAGGCUGAAUAUUGAAUCUGUGUAAUAUGUAAUAUGUCUUGCCAGUUAAAUGCUAAUAUUUUAAGGUCCAGGAGGGCAUUAUUGCGGCUUUAUAGCCAGGGCAUGAUGUGAUUUUUUCUUUUCUUCAAAUGGUGUUUAUUGCUUUGGAGAAGCAGUGUUGUAACAGUAAAGUAACAUUCUGAUAUUGUCGAAUUGAAAAUGAAAUAUAUUGCAUUAUGUAAUGAAAUUGAAUUGAAGGAAUUACUCCUGAUAAUGGUCUGUAUAUUCAUUGAUUUUUCCUGUAGGUCAGCUUCACUGUCUUUUGUAAGGUUUCUUUUCCAAGGCUUCUUUGGCUAUGUGAAAAAGAAGAAGUCAAAUUUGGAAAUUUAGACACAAUUUGAGUCAAUACUACACAGUUUGUCUAAUAGUCUAUGUACUAUUUAUCUAUAAUUAUGUAAAAAUUCAUUGAGUAUGGUUUUAAGGGCAGUUUUUGAAAUGCAUGCCAGUUUCACCAUUUGUCGAUACACAUGUGUAAAUGGAUAUAAAUAGCACAGCCACAUUGCAUGUUAGAUAAUGUCUUCCAGUUUUUUAUAGGCUUUUACGUAUGGCAUAUGAUACACAAGAAUGAAAAUUUGGAAAUUCAAAGCUUUGCCGAUUGAUCAUAUGAAUAUAUUCACAUUAAAACAAUACAUAUUCCAGUUAAUGCAUUGGAUAAUGCAUUGUAUACCACAAAUACGAUACAGGUCGAGUCUGUGUCAUCUUCAUCUGCAUUUCCUUUUUUGAGGCGAGACCAUGUUGGCACAGAACCAAAACGAAAUCGCAUCUGGCCCAUGUGAUUGAAGGCAAUGAAGCCAUAUAGUAAUCAGCACUUCACUUCAUGAUUCAAUAUGGAUGUAUGUCUUAGACCAAUUUCAUAAACUGAACUCAUUAUAAUACGUGUGUACAUUAUGAGAAAUGUUAAGAUUUGCAGUGAACAGAACUCUGUUGUUUUUAGUCUAAAACCCACCACGUACAUGUACUAAAUGUUUGUCAAGUGAUUGCAUUUGCUAAACGCUAGUAUAGCUAGAGUUCUUCCCUGUGAGUGUGAGAGUGAUCUUGUGUGUCCAUUGUUUGGAUUUUGUCACAUAUUCUGUCAUACAAUCUCUGUGAGCUCAUACAUGUGAACACAUUUCUAAUUUGUUUAUUAGAAGCAGGCAGCAUUGCUGUUACUUGAACAGGCCUACAGCUUGACUUACAGGUCAUGUAAUUGGUCAAUCUAUGUAAUUUCUUUGCAUAUUAGAUUGAAAACUCAUUUCGAUAAUCAACAACUGUUGAAGGCUACCAGAGAUGUUUAGAUGCUUUAGUGCUGAUCUGUCAUCAAUAUCAUAAGACUUUCUACUGAAUUAUUCACAUAUGGUACAUUUAUACUAUUUCCCAUUGGGCUUUUUGUCCACAUGAGGAAAGGAAUACAGCAUAUCCUUUUGUUAUCUCAUCAAAUUUGUAUUACAUUUAAGAGUGGAAAGAAUGGAAAACUCUUCAGUGUAUACAAGGUAAAAUGUGAGUAUUAUUUGUCAUCUUUCAUGUUUCUAGAGCUGUUUGGCUGCUUUAGUAAUAGUGCUCUCAAAUGAUAUUUUGUCUACUACAAUAUGAAAUUGAGUACUACAUAAAGCUUUCAAAACAAAUUUCAUUCAUAUUCAUCACACGUUUUUAACUUCCAGAGCAACUUAAGCAAACCAUCUGCUUGCAAACAUUCCAAUUUAGACUCAAUUAAGGGCAUGCUUCUCAGUUAUUUCAGAUUGUAUUGACAUGAAGAACAGUACUCCAAACUGGGCUAAGUAUGACUGACUGUAUUAUAUUACCUACGGACUGUGUCAAUGAUUACAUAUGAAAUAAAUUGCACAUAGAUUGCAGAGUUUUGAGGAAUUCUUGUGUCCUGAUUUGGAGUUCGAAGACUUAAUGUGUGUGUGUUAUGAUAUUGUAGAUGGCGGCAUUAAUAUUUUUGGCUGAUGUAAGGCAUUGUAGAUAUGAAAUGGGAGAAGCCAAUAUAGUGACUCCUGAAUCAAUAUAUAAGAGUUGAUAGAGAGUAAAGAGAGAAGUAAAAA